UUGCUCCGCAGUCCACCGUGGCGGCUAUAAUAGUUGGUUCUCUUUCUCUCCCAUCGAACCGUCCGCCGUCGCAGAAAGCAACAGCAACAAACCGUCGUCUCGUCGCUGCGGCAGCAGCAGCAGGCACCUUGCGUGCCUUCAAUUCACUUCCACCCGCACGUCGCCACCAGCACCAGCCACGUCCUGUUGUUAUAUUGUGGUCGCCACUAAUAGCCACUGGCGGCCGUGUGUUGGUGUAGAGAGCCCAAAAGCACCAAAAACAGGCUAAACGAACGAUCUAAGACGGUUUUGGAUUUCUCGGCGUUUUCAAGGUGGAAUAAUAAAAGUUUUAACAAUUGGUCGACGUUGGGUAACGACAUGUGAGCGUGUGAGGCCUUUAAAAAAAAUAGCAGUAGGAUUGGGUGAAUCGACGACGACGACUGGAGCUGGAGCUGGAGAAGGUGUCAAGAGAGUGGAGCACGGUUUGGCUUUGUGGAAUGUUGAAAUGAAUGAUUCAUGCCCCGGUGGUGUACUAAUGUGUACAUACCUAGUGUAGUGAGAUUCGCGUGAAGUGAAACGUCCUCUUCUUGCAUCGAUUUCGGUUCGAUCUCGUAAAUCUAGAAAACAGCCAUGAAUGUGAGCAGAUUGAUAAUAUCUCUGUAGAUCGUGUGUUGUACAUAUGCGAGCCAGAAUCCAGAAGCUCUAUAGUUGAGCGCGCGCGAGUGCGAAAAUGUGAAAGCCCUGAAGAAGGCCAGGUGAAGGCGCGCAAGGCAAGGUAGAAAAUGUGUAUAUGUGCUCUGCUGACGACAGGUGAUUCGCAACAAGAGCACGAAUGAAAAAUAAGAGAAAAAUGCCACAGAAAUAAAGCGGUCGAAGAACCUGCUCCAGUCCCUGCCGGAGUGAGAAGAGUCAAGUGCCACGACAAACAACUUGAGAAGAAGCAAAAAAAGUAGAAGAAAAAGAAGCGCAUGAUGGGAAGAAGAUAAUAUGGAAAGGUGAUCAAAAAGCGCAUAAAAGAAGUAAUGUAGCUAAAAAUAUACCCCAACCAACGGUCGGUUCGAGCUUACACACGAAAGUGCAUUUAAAUGUUGUGUUUUGUUGUUUUUAGUUUACGAAAAGAAUUUCGAUUUUGUGUGUGGUAGGGAAGGCAUCUGUGUCAUUGAUACAAGGUUUUUUUUUAACGUAUACACAUACCAACACAAGCUUCUUCGGAAAGCGACGAAAACGGCGAUGGUGGUGUCCGAGAAGAAGUGACCAAACAAGUUGAGGUGGUGACGGCUGUGAGUGAGUGGAAAAAGCUGUUGUUGAAGGCAGCAUUCAAUGACAGAGAAAAGUGAAAUUAAAAAGUUGAAGAUGAAUGAGUCAGUAGUGGCAACUGGUGGUGGUGGUACUGGACCUACUGGUGCUGCUGGUGGUACUACUACGAUCAGUGCGAAAUCCGAAACCGGUAAAGAUUUGUCGAAAGUGGGCGUAAACAGCAACCAUAAUAUCAACAACAACAACAACAGCAUGAACGGUGGUGGAAGUGGUGGUCCCGGAAGGGCAAGUGAUAACGGUUCCGAUACGAUGGGAUCAGACGUGACGACAGCGACAACGAUGAUGAUGAUGAGUCCCCCCGGGCCUCCUAUGAACAAUGGGCCGCCAAUGCUUCAGCAUCAUCAUCAUCAUCACCAUCAUCUUCACAGCCAUAAUCAUCAGAACCAUCACCAACAGCAGCAGCAGCAACAACAACAAGCUCCCAUCGGAAUGAGCAAUGGUGGUGGGUUCUACGAUCAAAAGUCGGAUAUUUCCUCGACGGCGCAGACGGAGGAAGAUGAUGGAUUGGGCCCGUUGCCGCCCAAAUGGGAAAAAGCGUACACCGACAGUGGCGAGGUGUAUUUUAUCGACUCAUCCUGGGCAGAGGCGAUUAGAGAUCCGAGUCUUGUCACUAUCAACAGGGCUCACAACACUGGCACCUCACACUGGCUGGAUCCUCGUUUGUCUAAAUUUCAGAAGAAAUCCCUCGAAGACUGCCAGGACGAUGAGCUGCCAUAUGGAUGGGAAAAGAUCUGCGACCCUCACUACGGCACGUACUACAUCGAUCACGUGAAUCGUAAAACACAGUACGAAAAUCCGGUUCUGCAGGCGAAACGUAUGACCGAACGAAGCUCGGCAAUGUCCGUAGGUGGGCUCAGUUCGAAUGGGAUGAACGGCAGUAUUGGCGGUGGUGGUGGAGGAAGUGGUCAUGACGAAGCCGGAAACGGAAUCGGUGGACGGGUGAAUCAUUUCACUAAAAAUCCGGCUAAUUUGCGAGGGGAUCGGCUCAUGACGACGCUGGUCAAGUCUACACGAGGGCUGGGCUUUACGAUUGUCGGUGGAGAUGAUAAUGUGGAAGAGUUUCUCCAGAUCAAGUCGAUUGUACCGAACGGUCCGGCAUGGAUGGAUGGGAAGCUCAAGACGGGUGACGUUUUGGUGUAUGUGAAUGACAUUUGCGUACUAGGAUUUACGCAUCACGAGAUGGUGAACAUAUUUCAAUCGAUCAUGCCCAGUGAGGAAGUACACCUGGACGUAUGCCGAGGAUAUCCGUUGCCGUUUGAUCCGAACGAUCCGAAUACGGAGGUAGUGACGACGAUCGCCGUUGAUGGGUUGAACAAUGGUGCGAUGACGGAGUCGGAUCUCAAAUUUCUUGAGACGGGCGGUUUCAUGGAUUCCGGUGACGUUCAGCAUAAGAAUCCCCUCGCGAAAAUACAGUCCGGAAGUGCCACAGCGAAUGGAGGGGAUGUAUACUUUACUGAUACGCAUCCAUACCAGCAGCACUACAAGAGCAAAGAUAAUAGUUUCGAAAUUCCGGAAAUUUUGCAUAUAAACAUAGUGAAAAGUGAUAACGGGUUUGGAUUUACGAUAACCGAUAGUUCGUACGGUCAGAAGGUGAAGAAAAUAUUGGAUCGACAGUGUUGUAAAAACCUACAGGAAGGAGAUGUUUUGUUAAGUAUCAAUUCCAUUCCGGUGAAGGAUAUGUCCCACAAUGAAGUGGUGCAAGUGUUGAAGGAUUGUCCGAAGAACAUUGAAACAACACUGAAAGUGCAAAGGGGACCGUCGGCUCUGUUGGUCGGUAGUAGUAAGAUGACGAAUAAACUUCGGAAGAGCAUCGAGAUGGCCAAGUUUGGAGGUGGUCUACUCAAGAAGGAUGGCUACGGUAUCGGGGGAAACAGUUUGUUCAGGAGUAAGACUCCGACCGCUGAGCUCUAUAGUACUCAGGCUAAGGAAAUUCUUCCAACGAGGCCAAAAACUCCCUUGGUCGAUACCCGGGCUAGAGCCAAAACUCCUUCUUUGCCAUUAUCCGACUUGAAUACCGAUGAAAUCGAGUUGGAUGUCAACAAGAAUACGGGAGAUGCUAAGAUGGAUCUAAAUUUGAACCUCAAAUCCAACAGUAGCUCCCAUGAUAAUGAUUCCAUAGCUAACGACAUCGGUUCGUUCCACAAUGAAGAGCAAUUCCACCCAGGGAAGCAUUCGAAUCUUGCCGAUAGGCUUGGCGAACUGACCAUCAGCAGUUCGAACAACAGUACUACGGACACAAUUUACCACAACCACCAACCUCAGUAUGCCUCCGGAGGGCAUCUCCAGCACCAGCCAAACUACAACAACCACGGCUACAACCAGCUGUAUUCACCUCCCCUAGUUCCUCCUCCUCCAGUGCCACCUCUUUCGACGAACCAUGCAGGCUAUGGACAAAAUCCCGUACAAUUGCAGCCAACGUAUCACCAUGAGAGUUGCUUCUGUUACGACUGUCAGGACUAUCAACGUCAACAACAACAGCUACUAAUGCAACAGCAGCAUCAGCAACAGCAACAGCAACAACAACAACAUCAACAUCAACAGAUGUAUCAGCAGCAAACGCUGAACCGCUCCUACGGGAACAACCCAAGCCAUCUGCAGCAGCAACAACAGCAGCUGCCGUACCAACUUCCACCCCAAAUGAGCGACAACAUCGGAAAGCGGCUAAACGAAUAUCUGAUGGAUCGGAAACGAUCCCUCCACCAGCAGCACCAACAACCCCAAUAUGAUAACGUCUAUCACCACCACAAAGCACCCGUACCUCUGCCACCACAGCAUCAGCAGCAGUCGCAGCAAGGUCCGUCGCAAUUCGAUCAGCAUUUCUAUCCCACUCAGCCGGCCAGCUGGCGGGUGCCUGCCGGUCAACAUUCGCCGCAGAUGUACGGUGGAGGAGCUCCGUUCAUGGCACCGGUUCCGAUGGAGGACUACACCCUGACGGAGGUGACCCUGGAACGGCAAGCGCUAGGGUUUGGCUUCCGGAUCGUCGGUGGAACCGAGGAAGGCUCGCAGGUGACCGUCGGACAUAUCGUGCCCGGUGGAGCGGCGGAUAAGGACUCACGGAUCGCUUCCGGCGAUGAGAUCCUGAACAUCAACGGAGUCAAUGUGGAGAAUGCCUCCCACCACCGGGUAGUGCAGCUGAUGGGCGAAGCCGGUCUCCGCGGCCAGGUCACGAUGAUCCUACGGCGGCGAAAGCUAGCGAAACCGCCACCACCUCCGCCGAACCCUCGCUACCCGUACAACGUGCUGGUAUCGCGCAACGAAAACGAAGGCUUCGGUUUUGUGAUAAUUUCCUCCUCCGGUCAGUACCACGGUUCCUCGAUAGGGGACCUCAUUCCGGGCAGCCCGGCCGAGCGGUGCGGUGAGUUGAAAAUCGGCGACCGUAUCGUGGCGGUCAAUUCGAUCGACAUCACCGGAAUGAGCCACGGAGACGUGGUGAACCUGAUCAAGGAAUCCGGACUACAGGUACAGCUCACGAUCGGUUGUCCCCGGCCGGAUGGAGUGGGGACACCGCUAAUACAGACGGCAGCCGCCGCCGCCGCCGGUGGUCUGGCGUCGAUUGCAGCAUCCAAUGGCUCCAACGCCAGUGGAAACGAAAUGUACGUAAGUAGCAGCAACGGUAGCAAUGCCGGAGGAGGCGGAGGAGUAGGGGGACCGAUGAUCAAUCGAUAUCCGACGAUUAUCUCCUGAUUGCGGACGAAGAAAGUUCUCCUCAGGCGAUCGUCGCUGUCGAUCGAGGAGGAACUGGAGGAAGAAUGAAACGCGGAACCAAAGCAUUUGUUUUAGAGCUAAUCUUAAGUUGUGUGCUAGUGCAUGAAGAGGUGGCAAAGCAGAAGCUCAUUUACACCACCGCCGUUGUGUGAGAGAACCUGUUUUAAUUAGCAGUUGCAGCUAGGUACACAUAGAUGCAGCAGGCGUGUGUAUAGGGUAAACAGUGUGUUUACACGUCGUAGUUAUAGUUGUUUUAGUAGUGAUUGAGGAUGAUAACCGGCGAUGCUUACAUGAUUGCUGCAGGCAGAUGUAGCAACAGAUCGCAAGACGAAAGAGGUGAAUGAAGAAACGCAGCAACAGCAUCAGCAGAAACAAAGUGGCAAUAGAAGUUCGUACUAUGAGUGUAGAUACGAUGCGGUUUGAUGCGGUGCAAGUUGCAUCAUACUAUAACUACACCCGGUUUGUGUUUGGUGGUCCUAGCACCAACUAACCGUCGGUCGUGUGUACGUGCAUGUGUGUUGGAGAGCUGAUGCAUCGUUGCACUUGUUUUCCAGAUAAAAUCGGUUGGAACCGACUUCUCGGUUGGAUAAUUGCUAGGAGGGCGUAUUUGUGUGUACGUUUUCUGUAUUAUGUAAGAACGAAGAUGUCUGUCUUUUUUUUCCACGAAUGCUGCAGCACGUGUUACUAAUUACGAUUCUCACGAGUUCCUGUGCUAAUUGGUCCAAUGCUUCUAUUACUUACUCUAAUGAAGUCGAUAGUUUGUUCUACAUAACAGCUUUAAACAUAAGAUGUGUAGAUUGAUUAGCAUUUCAUCGUGGGAAUGCUACAUUCAAGAAGCAUUGCCUAAUUUUAACCUUUUUUUUCUGAACUCGGCGGGGUGAAUUUAGAAUCUUGUUGUGAGAUUGAUGUGAUUUCUUUAACCCUUAUGUGUCUGAGGAUUUUUUUUUAAAUUUUGUCCAUACUGUGAUCUUCAAAUUUUUUACACGGUUGGUGCCGCUGAGUCGCAAUGUACACGGUACGUUUGUAAUUUAAAUUUCUCGAUAACGAUACAACCCAUCGACUCGAUUCGAAUCACGUAAUGCGUUUAAAGCCAUAGGUAAUCGAACGGCAUACUUUCAAAAAAAAAAAUAGGAAUGGCAUAAAAAUCAUUUUAUUUUUAUAUUUUAGUACAGUCAAGAUUCCUGUAGUACGGUUAAUAGGGACCGCACUAUAGGAACCGGCAUUAACGAAUACACUUAGCAUAUAAGAUUAUAGCUAAUUGGGGACAACACUUAUUGUAGGGUAAUUUGAAGAGAUGACUUCCUGGUGUCUUAUUAAAUGUUAUUAACAAGAUAGAUGCCCUCCAUUUGGGACAAUUUUGCAUCCGAAAAGUCAGAAGUCUGGUCCUCCGGAAGACCCGGAAACUGAUCCUGUACGUCUUAUCAGAAUGAAUUCGACGUUGUGACCGGAAUUUGGCCACUGUUUUUUUUUUUUUUUUAAACCAUUCAUUGACAUCUUAUACAUAUGAAUUUGGAGUUGCGGUCGGAAAAUUUACCCUUGGGUCCACGAAAUGGCCCUCCAGAGGGUCCAAAUCAUACAUAAAAAAGAGAAAUUUACGAAAAUGAUCCAAGAGCUCUUCUGAUUUUUCGAAAUCGCUCAUAGAUGUCUCAUCAGAAUAAAAUGGAAGUUGUGACCGGAAAAUGGACCCUUGGGACCACGAAAUGGUUCACCAGGAAGAUCCGGAACAUCCAUAAAAUUGUUUAGUUCUUGAAACUGAGCUAAGAGGUCCGCUUUUUUCGAAACCACUCAUUGGCGUCUUAUCAGAAUCAAUUUGGAGUUAAGACCAGAAAAUUGACUCUGGGGACCUGGUCCCAAAGCCAUAUUUAGGAAGACAAAAACAUUAGCGCCCAAACCAUCACUUUUAGAUAUAUGGUGUCUUGGGGAAAGUUUCUUCGUAAUUUUUUGACAAUCUUUUCAUGUUAGGAAAAUUAGGGUGGUCCAUAAAAUUGGUGAAUUACAAACUUUGCAAUUUGAGAUAGAUCAAUGCGAUGUUUAAAAAAGUUGUAGAACAGUCAAUUUUAAGCAACAUUGCUUUAGACAUUAAAUUUCUAUCUGUUAUGGUUCAUGAGCUAUGAUUAUUUUAAAGUAGCAGGUUAGGGUGGCCCCUAGAAAUUUGGCUCAUUUUAAAUAUAUUUUGAUACGUUUAUUUCUCGUAAAAACUUGGAUCUAGAUACUUUUAGAACUUUUUAUGACGCAUAUUUGUGCUGAAGCAACUAAGUUGAUAUCUCCUUUAUUUGAAAAGAUAUGGCUAGUUUUUUGCUAUGACUUUUUUAAAUUAAA